CUGUAAGCCAGAGGCGGCUCCAGUUAGACUGGAAGUAGGCAGAAAGCCCUGUGCCCAUUCUUAAGGCACGUGUCACGGUGCCCUUUUGGGAACUAUUUAUUUUCAAAACAGCCUGCGUGUGUCGAGGGCGGGCGGCGAACAGUUGACUUUAGGAAAUGGAUACGAUGAUGAGUUUUAGCUGCAGUAUGCAAAGCAGCAGCAGGCUCGGGUUAAGAGGAAAUGAGUAAUGUCUUCUGGUUUACUACAGCAAUACAUGUGCUGCUCUAGAGAGAGAGGCCAAGCAGUACCCUGGGGCUCUUGCAAAUCCACGCUGAUCUAGCGUGUAGCCAGGAUGACCAGCCCUGACCUCUCUCGGCGCGCGGAUUCCCCGCUUCUCUCGCCCUGGGCGAGUGGUGGCGGCCGGUGUCAGGUGACCGCCCGCCCGGAGCGACUCUCCUCGCCGGCCGGUGUGUUCAAGAGGGUGGGUGGCGGUGGAGUGCGGGGGGGGAGUCACGUGGGGCUCCUGCCGAGCGCACGUUGCUUCAGCCCUUCCCCAGAGCGCGCGUGUGUAUGUCUGGGCGAGAGACGCUCCCGCAAGAGACAGCUCAGGAGGGAGCCGCGGGCGCUGCCGCCGAGAGCACGGCUAAUAAAUAAUAAUUAGAUAAAGCCAGCUUGCGCAGCCGCCUGCCUCGGUGUGAGUGGCGCGCCUCAGAGGAGAGGGACGCGGGGUAGCUGCGGGUGUGGUUUUCUGCACACUCACCUUGAUACGCUGGGAGAGGCAAGGAGCCAAACGCCCACCCUCAGCAAGGGGAGCUUUGUUUUCUUCCGUUCCGCUCGGCCACCAAGCGCCGCCCAGCAAUAUCUUCGCCUGCUGACUGACCAUCCUUUCCUUCGGGGGUGCGAAUCCCUGGCACUUGCUGGGAGUUUGCAAGCACGAGAGAGAAGGACUUUCUUUCCCUUCGGGCUUGGAUUGAAUCUCUUUCCUAUUUGUUAAUGCCCAGCGCCCCAAUCAACGAGGACCCGCCAGGGCCGUUUAUUAGGAUCUGCAACGUGGGGGAUUAUUUGAGACUUCAAACCUGAUACACAUUUCUGUUUGUGUAGCUGUUUACUGUAUACAUCGUGCCACGCUAUACGAUUGGGCGGAGGAGGGAAAUCUGAAAAGCUGUUGGGUACCUACGAAGGCAGGCUGCUCCAGCUGACAGCUCUCUCCUCCAUAGUCUCACAGGAGCUGCCGCUAGUGAGACUUCAACCGUUUUAUUACUUUCGCGGAUUUAAAUGGACAUUUCCCGACAAUGUGUAUAAUCUCCAGGAGCUGCGUGUAAUCAGCCGUUUGCUGUUUUCAUCACCAGUGUCAUUGCCCGGGCAUGGUGUUGUUUACCAUUGAAAAGUGGUCACACUUUGGAGCAUUUUUUCAAGGGAUGUACAAUUACUUGCUGACUUUCUCAUGCAUUUGGAAUUAGAGCAACAGCUUGUUAGGUCGACUGAGGUGCCCGUCAGAGCAAAAUGUACUGGCCAAGCCAAGGGCAGGCGCCUUCUAUGUUAAUUUCCCCCCUAAAGCUGCCCUGGCUUUAUAUUUUUUCCUCACUUCCCUACAUCCUAAUAAACUAAGAGAGCUUCUCCCAAGAGAUGCAUUUCCCCUUCACGGCUUGAUCCCCUGUUGGCCGGCUCGCUCGCUGAGAGACCAUAUUAUUUCAAAGUUGUUGUGGUUUUUUUUAAAGAAGGCUGAAGGGGCCGAGGAAGCCACUCCUGCCUUUCACGGGAAGGUGCGGGCACCACCAGGCUUGGGGAGCUGCUCAGGAGUCCCACCCUUUGUCUGGGGGACCCGAGGGGCGAGUCGGGGUGUUUGGGGACCGCUGGGCUCCUUUCCUGCCAGAAGCUCAGGAGAAAGGACCCUGCUCGAUCAAAGUGGCCCACACGGCUCCCCCUUUCCCGCUCCGCUUUGUUUCCCUCCUCCGGGGGAAUCGUUUGGACACUGUGCCCCUCUCUCUCUCCUGCCUUCUCCCCUGCUCCGCAGGCCGCUUCCCUCCCGCCCCUGGGGAAGCCGAUCGCACGGCGGCUGCCCGGGCCCUGUUCCGGUGCUGCUCUUGCCCCGCUCUCAGCGCCCGUGGUGAUGCCAUGCCCCGCAAGCACAGCGGAGCAGACGAGGGCAGCUCCGCCGGGCUCUGGCUGAAGAGCAGCCGCGCGGGCAGCGGCAUGAAGGAUGUGGAGUCCGGCCGCAGCAGGGUGCUCCUGAACUCGGCCCCCAGAGGGGACGGCUUGCUCCUGCUGGGCACCGGCAGCGCCAUCGGCCGCGGCGGCUCGCGGGAGAACCGGCGGGGAAAGCCAGGGGGAGCCCGGAUGAGUCUGCUGGGGAAGCCGCUGUCGUACAACAGCAGCCAGAGCUGCCGGAGGAACGUCAAGUACCGGAGGCUGCAAAACUAUCUGUACAACGUGCUGGAGAGACCCCGCAGCUGGGCGUUCAUCUACCACGCGUUCGUUUUUCUUCUUGUAUUUGGUUGCUUGAUUUUGUCAGUGUUUUCUACCAUUCCUGAGCAUGCAAAACUUUCCUCUCGUUGCCUCUUCAUUCUGGAGUUUGUCAUGAUUGUUGUGUUUGGUUUGGAAUAUAUCAUUCGUAUCUGGUCAGCUGGCUGCUGUUGUCGCUACCGAGGAUGGCAAGGAAGAUUGCGAUUUGCGAGGAAACCAUUCUGUGUAAUAGACACCAUUGUUCUCAUCGCUUCAAUAGCAGUUGUUUCUGCAAAAACUCAGGGUAACAUUUUUGCAACAUCAGCACUGAGAAGUCUUCGUUUCCUACAGAUCCUUCGAAUGGUGCGCAUGGACCGAAGAGGAGGGACUUGGAAAUUAUUAGGUUCAGUAGUUUAUGCACAUAGCAAGGAAUUAAUCACAGCCUGGUACAUAGGAUUUUUAGUACUCAUCUUUUCCUCUUUCCUUGUCUAUCUGGUGGAAAAAGAUGCAAAUACUCAGUUUUCUACGUAUGCAGAUGCUCUCUGGUGGGGCACAAUCACAUUGACAACAAUUGGCUAUGGAGACAAAACUCCUCUUACUUGGCUUGGAAGGCUGCUUUCUGCUGGGUUUGCUCUACUUGGAAUUUCUUUCUUUGCACUACCUGCUGGCAUUCUUGGCUCAGGCUUUGCAUUAAAAGUACAAGAACAGCACCGUCAGAAACAUUUUGAGAAAAGAAGGAAUCCAGCUGCCAGUUUAAUUCAGUGUGUAUGGCGUAGUUAUGCGGCUGAUGAGAAAUCGGUUUCCAUUGCUACCUGGAAGCCUCAUUUGAAGGCCUUGCAUACCUGCAGCCCUACAAAGAAAGAACAAGGGGAAACAUCUAACAGCCAGAAGUUAAGUUUUAAAGAGCGGGUACGGAUGGCUAGCCCAAGAGGCCAGAGUAUUAAGAACAGGCAAGCAUCAGUUGGAGAUCGACGGUCACCAGGUACUGAUGUUACUGCAGAGAGCAGCCCAACCAAAGUGCAAAAGAGCUGGAGCUUCAAUGACCGAACCCGUUUCAGACCUUCACUGCGCCUGAAGAGUUCUCAGCCAAAACCAGUGGCAGAUGCUGACACCACUCUUGGAACAGACGAUGUUUAUGUUGAGAGAGGAUGCCAAUGUGAUGUAUCAGUAGAAGAUCUCACACCAGCACUUAAAACCAUCAUUAGAGCUAUCAGAAUCAUGAAAUUUCAUGUUGCAAAGAGAAAGUUUAAAGAGACAUUACGUCCAUAUGAUGUAAAAGAUGUAAUUGAACAGUAUUCAGCUGGUCACCUUGAUAUGUUGUGCAGAAUAAAAAGUCUUCAGUCCCGCGUUGAUCAGAUUCUUGGAAAAGGACAAAUCACAACAGAUAAGAAAAAUCGAGAAAAGAAUACUGCAGAGAAUGAGACAACUGAUGACCUUAGUAUGUUAGGGCGUGUAGUCAAGGUGGAGAAGCAGGUACAAUCCAUAGAGUCAAAACUGGACAGCCUGUUAGAUAUUUAUCAACAGGUGUUAAGGAAAGGAUCUGCAUCAGCGCUUACUUUGGCUUCAUUUCAAAUGCCAUCUUUUGAAUGUGACCAGACCUCUGAUUAUCAAAGUCCUGUAGACAGCAAAGAUUUAUCUAGUUCUGCACAAACUAGUGGAUGUGUAUCCAGAUCAGCUAGUGCCAACAUGCCUCGUGGCCUACAGCUUAUACUGACACCAAAUGAAUUUAGCACUCAGGCUUACUAUGCUUUUAGUCCCACUAUGCAUAGUCAAGCAACACAGGUGCCAAAUGAUGGACCUGCAACAGUAAUAACUAAUAAUACAUCAAACCAAAUAAACCAGGCAACUAAGCCAACAACACCAACAACAUUACAAAUACCACCUUUCUCCUCAGUCAAGCAUGCCAACUGGCCUGAGCCUCUUCAUAUUAUUCCUGCGACCACACAGGAAAACAUUUCUGAUGUCACCGCUUGCCUUGUUGCUUUAAAGGAUAAUGGAAAAGUUGCACAGCCCAAAGUGACAAAGGAUCUUUCAUGGAGAAAAAGCCUUGAUACAGAAGGGGAACCCUUGGUCCCAGUUAAACCAGUAGCGCAAAUGGAUUUAGGAAAAUCUUUAUCUGUACAAAAUCUUAUACAAUCAUCUGAAGAACUGAAUGUACAGAUUGCUGGGAAUGACUCCAGUGGCUCAAGAGGGAGCCAAGAAGUGUACUCCAAAUGGAGGGAGUCAAAAUUAUUUAUAACAGAUGAAGAGUUGGAAGCAGAGACAAAAACAGAGGCUUUUGAAAGCAUCUCUCGCUCAUUAGUGGAAACAACUCUCUCUACUGACUCUCUAAGGACUGGAAUAUCAAGAUCAUCUCAAAGCAUUUGCAAGCCAGGGGACAGUACAGAUGCACUCAGCUUGCCUCAUGUCAAACUUAAAUAACAAUUUAUGGGUUUUCUUCAUUGGCUGAGUAAUUCCUUUAGUCAUACAUAUCAUAGCAUGAACUCUUUUGAAAGCCUUUUUAAUAAAAUAAAAUUGUAAGAAUCAGGAAGAAUCUGAAAGGCAGUUGUAUGAGCCCAUAUCUUCUAGUUGCAUGAAAAUGCAUGCUUAAGUGACAGCUAAAAUUCAAAUUUAUACCUAAUGUACAUCACUUUUAUGUAGUACAGUAGGUGUAAAUAAUGAGUAAUCUACAAAGUUAAUACUGCAGACUGUGUCAGAAAGCAAAGGUCUGAGCAUUUAGAAAUAGUGUUGUUUCUACAGUACAGAAGUAAAAAUUGUAAGAUUUAAAGCACUUUGCUUCUGGAUUAAUUAAAAAUAUAUAUGUCCUGAAUUAGACAAUAGUUUAUGUUUACAACAAAAAUAUUAUCUACAGCUGCUAGCAAGGUACCAAGGAAACUAGUAAUAUGGGACUAGAAAUGGCUGCUAGUUGCAAGAUAUACACAUUAACUCAUCAUUAAUCAGUGAUUUUAACACUCUCAGCUUUAGAAUGUUAAUUUCUGUAACAUUUUUGGUGAUUUAGUGCUGUGGCAAAGUACUUUGCACACCACUUUCAGGUUGAUAAGAACCUUCUUUUGCUAUGAAAUGUAUAAAUUCAAAGGAUAAGGGCUGGCAUUAAAGAUGGAUAAUCUGGACUACUGCACCAAAAAUUCAGGGGCAGCUUUCCUUACCCCAAACUUGCUGAUAUCACUGAUGUGCCCUUCCCGAGGAUCUGAAGCAUUCUGGAAGUAGAAUCAGCAGGAGAGGAGAGGGCGUUACCUUUAUUGUAGAGGCAGUUCUUCUUUCUGCCCUGAAGGUGGCACCAUGCUUCACAAUUGCACCCUGAUACUCCAUGAUGCUGUGUCAGAAGUCUGUGAAGGAAGUGAACGUGGUAACGUAUGGGGUAUUGAAAGCAGAGGGAAAAACAAAGGGGAUAAGGGAAGAGAGAGAGACUACAGAAGGGAUGAAGAGGGGGAAAAGAGAGACAAUACGAUAAGCAAAGGAAAAUAUGAAUUUGGAGAAGAAAAAAAGGGGUGGGGAAAAAAGGGGAUGGGGAAAAAAUGAAAAAUAACAGCAAGGAGGCAGGGACAGUGAAAAAGGUCUUUAAAAUUCCAGCCUGUUGGUCCCAGACAGCUAGUGUUUCUUCCAAAAAGCCAUGUAAGGAAUUAGGAAAUGGGAGAGGUAAUAGAGACAAACAGCUGAAUUGCCCAAAUUGAAGAAGACUGAAUUUUUAAAAACGAGGGGAUGAGGAGGAGAGAGGGAAAGGAGUCACAUUCUUAUUAGCUCUAUAAUGCCAUUUUACAAAGGUGCCAAGAAAGGACCCUCAGACUCCUUCCCCAUACCACCUCUCACCUAGUUUGGGGAUUCAAAACCUGGAGCAUAUUGAGCAUUCUCCCCUGAGACCUCCUCUUGCUCUCAUAGCCUUUCUACGUUUCACUUCUGCAGAGGUGCAGUAGCAGUACUAGUGCCUACCUAUUGGUCCUUACCAGGACUUUGCCAUGGAACCCUGUAGGAGCCUCCACCCUUCCGCACUGAACAAGAUUUCUAUUUGUUGUAUCCCCCCAAAUUACAGCCGACAUGUACCACUGACUCAUGGGCAACCUGUUCUGGGCCUGGCCACCUCUAGCAACAAGAACUCCAAAUGUGUGGGAGUGCCAGUUCCAGCUCACUCAGAGCACUGUUUCAUCAAAGCCCAGCCCUGCUGAGGAUUUAUUAUACAUCAAAAAUGUCACAGCAGUCUUAAUCAUGGCUAAAUGCUGUAGAUUGUAUUGUGAAGGACUUGAACUGUUUACUAUGAAUCCACUGUAAUUUCUGCCUCCAUAUUUCUUUUACAAAAGUAUUCCUGGAUGUUACAUGAUAACCUUAUUAUGUGAAAGUACAUGCAUACUGUAGAGUGUAUAUAUUGUGUCAGUGGUACAGGAUCUAUGGAUGAUAAGCUGCAUUCUAUGGCUUGUGCCAGAACAAAGCUCACGUGGUAAAUUCUGAAAGAUGUCUUGAAGCACAAUUAGCUAUCACUGAUUUGCCAUCGCAUUCAUCCUUUACUACAUCCUUCAUGUGCAGCCUGAUCAUAUUAAAGCCAAAUUGCGAAGAUAUUUUUGUGAUGAUAAAUAGGUUUUUCAACAUCUGAGAACAUUUAAAUAUUGACUUAUUUGAAUGUCUGCAGUUUGUCCAGCCAAAUCUGUAAAUUUAAAGUAUUGUACAAUAUCUAAAAACGAUUUAAUUUUUAGGAUUUUCUUUUCUUUUUUCCUAAUUUUUUAUGGUGCCUUUCUUGCCAUUUAUAUAAAAUCUCAUAAAGUUGUAGAUGUAAAUCUGUACUUAGGUCUGAUGUAGGGGCAAGAGCUUGGGCACAGGACAGCUAACAAAUGUGUCAGUAAUUAGACUCGCCUCCCCUUUUUCAUUAAAUGUGAACACAACAGCAUCCUGAAUUGGGCCCUGAUCUUGCAACUGCAUCUGCUUGAGCAGACCUUUGCAUCCACAUUGAGCCUUACUGUGAAAUCAGUGAGGUUCCACAUGGGCACAGGCUCUGCCUGCACAGAUGCAGUUGCAGAAUCAGGAUCUUGAUUUUUACUUGCUGAACUUGGUAUUUUUGGCUUAAAUGACAUACCUGAGUUCUCCUCAUUUUAAAUUAAUUUAUUUAAUACAAUUCUGUGCACAUAAAUGAAUUCUAUAAAUUAUAUAUGAAAAUUUAGUUGGGAUUGGUCCUGCUCUGGGCAGGGGGUUGGACUAGAUGACCUCCAGAGGUCCCUUCCAACUGUGAUAUUCUAUGAUUCUAUGUACAUGUCUUCACAAAGAUCGGAUAAAUCAGGAAGACCUUAUCUUUUUUUAAGUUGAAAUUACUGAUUUUUUUUUAUUGUCACCAUUACAUCCUUCUUUUUGUAGCUACAGUUCUUAUCAUAUAGGAAUUUUCUUAACAUUAUACUGAUGGAAAAUUGCGAGAAUAAUUAAUGAAUCUGUGGAGAUCUGGAGAGGGUUUAUUAUGUGUUUUUACAAAGUGAGCUGUUCUGACCUUUCUUCACCAGGAGUUUCCUGUGUCCACAGUAUACCUUUAAUUACACUAUAAGGACCAAGCCUGCUCCCACCGAAAUCAGUAUCAAUAAUUUAUUGAUGUCAGUGGGAACAGCAUUUGGCCUUAAGGGUCUUGUCCUGAACUACUUACUAAGUCAAAGCUCUCAUUUUAGUCAAUAAGAGUUUUACAUGAGUAGGCAAUAAGGACCAAAUUCUGCCCUAAUAUACACUCCACUGGAGGAUUGUGCAGGGUGUCAAACAGGACAGAAUCUGGCUCUAAGUAAGGGUUUAAGGACUGGGCCUUACACAAAUAACUGUUUUCUGAUCAGCAUGUUUGUUGUACCUGAUUGAAGAGAGAACUUAAAAGAAUAGUUUUUGAUGAUUAUUUGUUUUACAAACUCUAUAUACUCCUGGCUUAUGUGAUCUAUACUUUUUAUUUCAGUAUGGAUAUAGUGUUUUAGCCUAGGGUUCAAGAUUGCAAAGAUCAUACACUUUUAUUCACAUGCCCACAGCUGUUACAUGUGUUUUUGAGAUAAUCCUGCUUAAAUGACUGCUCUCAUUACAGUCUGCUGAUAGGUAAUUCACCUACUCUUCUGUAAUAAGUCAAGUCAUACUGAAUUAUUGCUGUAUUGAGGAACACCUGAUAUACAGUACGAUUUAUGGGUCUGGGCCUGCAGUUCUUACUCAAGCAAAAAUUCCAUGGACUUCAGCAAGAGCUCUGCCUGAGUCAGGAGUCCAGAUUCAAACCCUUAUUUUGUUGGGCAUCUGUAUAAAGUGAAAAUGAUAAUAUUCCAGUUAUUUCCUGAGGAAACUAAUGCUUAGCUGAAUUAACCCAUAUGUCACAUUGACUAUCUAAAAAGUAACGCACAAAAUAGUAAGAUAAAAAGGAAUGAAGAGAAGGGAAAUUUUUAAAAAGCACAGAGAAAAGUAGGUCAGUAAGAAAACAGAACAAAGCAGAAAAAUAAAAUGUAGAGCAAAGGAAUGAAAAAAGUGAUUAAACAUCUGAGGACAAAUUCAUCCCUGUGUGGCUCCACUGAAUUCAAAGGACAGCAUAAGUGGGCCAAAUUCAGCCUUCUUUGGUGUAAUGAGGCUCAACUCCAUUGAUCUCAAUGGGAUUACACCCGCCUACACCAGGAGUAAACUUGUCCCACGGGGACAGUUUUUGUCCUGACUCAUACCUUGUGCAAUCCCACGGAAUUCAGAAGGAUUGAAGGAGGUGUACGUCCAAAGAGAAUUUGGCCGUCAUAUUUCUGCUUCACAUUUUUUUCAAGCAUGUUAAUCAAUUUAGUUCAAAUGAAUUGCAACAUCAAAUAAAUUGCUAUAAUUAUCCAAAAAGGUAAAUUGGUUUUUAAAUCUAAACCAACCCGUGGAAUGUCAAAGGAAGCAUAUGAGGGGUUGCCAUUAAUUCAGAUACAUAUGGGACACUUCCACAGGCACCAAACAUCAUCUGCUAUUGAAUGUGUUCUGAGACAUUUCUGCUAGCCAAUAUGGGAGGGAGCAGUGUUAAAAUAUCAGUUUUAUAACGAUUAUGGAAAGUAUAAGGGACACUUCCACUGAUGCUGCAAUGGCUUUAGCCAUUACAUACAAUGUUAAUUGUAACUUCAUGACAAAGGUAAAUCCAUUUUGUUGUUAAUAAACAUGGUUAUAAAGUA